AUGAUACCCACCGCACCCCAGGAGUUUGAUUCACGCCAACUCGGACCCAACGUACAGGUGAGCUUUACUAUAAACGAAGUGGCAUCGUUGCUUGAGACUUUCACCGAUCGCGUGCACGUUGAGCUCCUGUGGAUGACAUCGACACCAAAACGAGCGGUGCCACGAGUCAAACGCCACAACACGUGGUCAUCGAGAACAAGGAUCCGAUACGGUAUGAUCGCGGAGCAUUCGAGACUCGUGCCAGUCGCGCGAGCUCUUGUUGCUCUGUCGUCGACGGUAGACGCCCAGCGACUUCUGCGUUCCGAGGCUUCAGCCACGACGGACUCCACCGUCAGCACCACUGACUUCAACACGCUCAGCUCCGGUUCGGGAUUCACACCGGGCAACGUCGAGGCGCAGAGCAGUUUCGGGGCUCUCGACCAUGGCGGCUCAACGGGAGGCAACCGACCUUCGGGAUCCAUGCACGGAGGUGGCGGCCGUGGUCACCACGGCUCGGGUCACGGGGGCAUGCACAACGUCGGCUCUGGUGAGGGUUUCCCCGUCAUGGGUAGUGGCUCGUUUGGUGGACACUUUGGCGGCGGUCGUCGAGGCGGCGGCUCCAUGACCGGAGGUGGCUUCGCUGGAUCGAUGGGAGGCUUCGGCGGCUCUGGCUUCGGUGGUGGUGACUUCGGCGGGUCAUUUAGUGGCGGGAUACCGUCCAUCAGCUCGGGUGAGGGGCCCAAGGAAGGGUCUGGUGAAGCUCUUGCUGCUGCAACAACUACGACUAGUACCGCUGGUUCCGUCGCGGCAUCGGCUGCGGCCUAA